AUGUCCGAAUACGACGAAGAGCCAUUGAUUGAUACAAUCGAUCUCGUCAUAUUGUUCAUUUUGGCUGUAUGCUCUGCAUUAUACUUUGCACGGGAAUCUCUUCCUUUUGGCAAAAAGCAAACAUCGACAGGCAUCGGUGUGAAACCACUCACGGACGCUAAAAAUGGGCUGCCAACAAGAAAGAAGAAGAAUAGGGAUUUUGUACAAAGAAUGAAGGAAAUGGACAAGAAUGUGAUCAUAUUCUACGGAUCACAGACUGGUACUGCAGAAGAUUAUGCGUCUCGUCUUGCUAAGGAGGGUACACAACGAUUUGGCCUUCGGACAAUGACUGUUGACGUUGAAGAUUGUGAUAUGACGCUACUGGACGUAUUUCCAUCUGAUUGUAUCGCAUUUUUUUGCAUGGCUACGUAUGGCGAGGGUGAGCCGACUGAUGAUGCGAUCGAGUUUUGGGAAUUGAUUACCUCGGAGAAUCCUGAAUUAUCAACGGGAAUUCCUGUUGAAGAAAAACCAUUACAAGGUCUAAGAUAUGUUGUUUUCGCGCUUGGUAAUUCAACAUACGAGAUUUUCAAUGCAGUCGGAAGGACGGUUGAUAACAAGUUGACAGAGUUUGGAGCUCAGAGGAUCGGUAAACGUGGCGAAGGUGAUGAUGAUGGAAGUCUGGAGGAGGACUUUCUCGGAUGGAAGGAAGAUAUGUGGAAGGCUGUAUGUGAUACCAUGGGAAUUGAUCAGAAUACAAUACAUGCAAGUGCGCGCGUGCCCGCUUACAAGAUAACGGAAUUGAAUUCCUAUGAGCCUGAAAAAGUCUACUAUGGAGAACACAGUGAGCAAGCACUCAAUGGGUACCAAACAUAUGAUGCAAAGAAUCCAUAUCCCGCACCAAUCCAAAUUUCCCGCGAACUCUUUAAAAUUCGAGGACGUAAUUGCGUCCACCUCGAAAUGGAUAUCUCUGAAUCUGGCAUGACUUAUCAGUCAGGUGACCAUUGUGCAAUCUGGCCGAUGAAUCCUGAACAGGAUGUAUAUCGCAUUCUUCAUGUUUUGGGUCUAUGGGAGAAGAGAGAUACUGUCAUAAUGGUGGAGAGCACUGAUCCAUCUGCAACAAAGAAACACCCUUUCCCUGUGCCUACGACAUACGCUACAAUAUUUCGUAAUUAUCUCGAUAUUCAUACCACCACUUCUCGGCAGUUUAUUGGAACACUUGCACAAUAUGUUUCUACUGAAGAAGCGCGAGCCAAGCUCACUUCUCUUGGUGAGGAUAAGGAAGCAUAUAGAGUGGAAGUGGCUGAUUCUCAUCUUACUCUCGGAGAGCUGUUAGAGAAGAUAUCGCCCGGAGGAAAACCACUAGAUACUAUUCCUUUGGAUCUAAUCAUUGAGUCACUGCCAAGAUUGCAACUUAGAUACUACUCGAUAUCUAGUAGUCCAAAGGCAACUCCCAACUCAAUUCAUGUUACCGCUACGGUGUUAUCAUAUAAUCCAUCUACCGCUUCGGAAAAGACUGUAUAUGGUCUUGCUACAAACUAUCUCCUACAAGUGCAUCGUAAACUAAGGAAUAUUCAACAUCCAGAAACAGCACCAUUUUAUCUCUAUUCCGGUCCUAGAAAUAAAUACCAUGAUGAAUCGAACAAUAUAAUCCGAUUAGCAUUACACGUUAGACGCACUAAUUUCAAACUACCCCCGAAUCCAAAGACUCCAAUUGUAAUGGUUGGUCCAGGGACAGGGGUGGCUCCUUUCAGAGGAUUUGUGAUCGAAAGAACGUGGAUGAGAACUGAAGGCGUUGAGGUGGGCGACACGGUGCUUUUUUACGGAUGCAGGCGGAGACAUGAGGAUUUCCUGUAUGAGGAAGAGUUUGAGGAAUACUUUAAGGUAUUGGGUGAUAGAGGCAAGCUGAUCACUGCUUUUUCCCGUGAGCUGGAACAUAAAGUUUACGUACAGCAUCGGUUACGUGAACAUAAAGAGUACAUCUGGGAUCUACUACGAAAUCGCGGAGGAUACUUUUACGUCUGCGGCGAUGCCAAGAGUAUGGCACGCGACGUUAAUAGCUGCCUUAUUCAAAUUGCACAAGAGUGUGGUGGCAUGGAUAGUGGUAAUGCAACAAAUUACGUCAAGGAUCUUCGAAAUCAAAACAAAUACCAAGAAGACGUAUGGAGUUAA